AACUUGCAAUCGGUGACACACACUUCAGGCUCACAAAAAUAUUGCAGACGACACUUUUAGUUUUAUAUCCCAGCAUCCUUAGCGAGACGCACAAAUCAUGGACGACGGUGGCAAUUCUGGAAAUUGCAGUGGACUUGAAGAGUUUCUGUACCCGACAAACCCUGAUGUACCCGACUAUGGCUUUGAUCUGUAUGAGCGUGUUGCCAAGCUGGAGGGACAGGUUAAAGACCAAGAAGAUGAGAUAACGUGUCUCAAAGCAGCUCUGGCUGAUGUAGUAAGAAGAUUAGCAACAUUAGAGUCUUGUAAAAAUUCACAGCGAGGGGUACCGCAAGGACCUUUCAAAAUCAAAGAUUUGACAGGGUUUUUAAGCCACUCUCCCUUGCCAUCCAGACCUCCCAUGUACAAUGAUGUCACCAAGUCCAAAACCAAAAUCUUACUCUCACCGGCCACGCCGGAGUCACAGAGACGGGGCAGAACAGGGUCAUUUGGCAGCAGCUCCUCAGGUAGUGACGGAAGACUCAGAAAAUGGGGCUCCCAUGAUAGUUAUAGCUUCCCGUCGGAUUCCCCUAGAAAAAGUGCCUCCAUGACAAACAUCCACAAUUCAGGGGAAGUUAAUGGGGCACGGCCACGGCCAAGCAAGGAGGCGCAAUACAAUGCAGAUGAAGGAUGGGUACGUAUGUAUAUGAGAGGGCGACCGGUUACCAUGUUCAUGCCAACUGAUGUUGGAGAAUACUCGAUCAAAGCAAAGCAAGACCCCCCAGCGGAGAAGCUCAAGUUGGAAUGGGUGUAUGGUUACAGAGGGAAAGACUGCCGCACCAACUUACAUAUCUUGCCAACUGGGGAGAUUGUCUACUUUAUGGCAGCUGUAGUCAUCCUGCACAACGUGCAAGAGAACACCCAGAGACAUUACUUGGGGCACAAUGACGAUGUCAAGUGUCUUGCCAUUCAUCCCAACACUGUGACCAUAGCAUCUGGACAAGUGGCUGGACAUGACAAGGACGAAGGCAAACCCCAUGUUCGCAUCUGGGACUCGGUCAACCUGAACACACUGCAUGUCCUGGGUCUUGGCUUCUUUGACAGAGCUGUAUGCUGCGUGGGAUUCUCCAAGCAUGACAAAGGCACCCAGCUGCUGGCUAUUGAUGAAUCUAAUGACCACGUACUGUCAGUCUGGAACUGGGAGAAGGAGAAGAAGCUUGCUGACUGCAAGAGUUCAGGGGACCCGGUUGUGGCUGGGGAGUUCCACCCCCUGAUUGAGAAUCACAUGGUCAGCUGUGGUAAGGGCCACUUACUCUUCUGGACUCUGGAGAACAACAAGCUUACCAAGAAAGCUGGCAUCUUUGAGAAGAAACAUGAGAAGCCCAGGUUUGUGCUGUGCCUUACCUUUGCUGGCAAUGGGGAUCUGAUCACUGGUGAUUCCAAUGGGAACAUCUUCAUUUGGGCCAAAGGCAGUAACCGCAUCAGCCAGGCCAUAAAGGCCCACGAUGGCCAGAUCUUCUCCCUCGUCAUGCUUCCAGAUGGAAGGCUGCUGUCUGGGGGUGGCAAAGACAGGAAAGUCAACAUCUUUGACACCUCCUACGAUGUGACUGUCACACUCGUGUUGCCCGAGUCCACCGGGCCUUGCCGCUGCCUGUGCCCCGGUAAAGACAAGGACAUCUACGUGGGCACAACCCGUAAUGCCAUUCUGCAUGGAGAUAUGGAAGGGGAAACGUUCACCCCGGAUGUGGUGGCACACACCGAUGAAUGCUGGGGUCUUGCAAUCCACCCCAACCAGAGCCUGUUCCUAACUUGUGCCUAUGACAAGCAUGUCAUCAUGUGGGAUGCGGAGCAGCACCGCCCACUUUGGAUGAAAACCAUGGAGGAGGAUCCCUGUCAGUCAGCCUGCUUCCACCCCAACGGUUCAGUGGUGGCCCUUGGCAUGAAGACUGGGCGCUGGAUGGUGUUGGAUGCUCAGAACCAGGAUCUUGUCACUGUCCACACCGAUGGCAAUGAGCAGCAUGACAUCAUCAGAUACUCGCCAGAUGGAAAUUAUCUAGCAGUUGCCUCCCAUGACAACUUCAUUUACAUCUACGCAGUGACUGAAGAAGGACGCAAGUACAGCAAAGUUGGCAAAUGCUCAGGCCACUCCAGCUUUGUCACCCACAUUGACUGGUCGGCUGACUCCAACUACCUGGUCUCCAACUCUGGAGACUAUGAGAUCCUGUACUGGAAGGCUGAGAACUGCCGCCAGAUUCCCUCGGCUACCAACAUGCGGGACACCGAGUGGGCAACCUUCACCUGUGUCUUUGGUUUCCCGGUCUGCGGGAUCUGGCAGGAAGGAAGUGAUGGCACUGACAUCAAUACUGCCUGCCGCUCUCGUUCUGGUGCAAUACUAGCUACGGGUGAUGACUUUGGCAAGAUCAAUCUCUUCAGCUACCCUGUCACCCAGCCUAAGGCUGGCCACAACAGCUUCCGUGGUCAUAGCAGUCAUGUGACAGCAGUGGACUUCUCCAAUGACGACACCCGUCUCUUCUCUACUGGCGGCCGUGACAUGUCCUGUAUGCAGUGGAAGGUGGUGUAAAAGAGACAAGAAACCCACACCACCAUUCACCAGAAUGGGUUUUUCCCUCCCCCCGUUGAAUUUUUUUUUGUCCUAAAGUGUUUUUGAGCACAGGUGACUUUGUUUGGUGUCCCACAGUUGUCUGAUCCACAUCUUUUGUAUCAUGUUCUGUGAUUUUUCUCAACAAAAAAAAGCUGAUCUCUACAAGUUCAGAAGCGUAUUCAUAAAAAAGAAAGUUUCAUCAAAUAAAAUUUUUAAUCUCAGAUGUCCUUCUAGAUGGUAUAUUUUCAGGUGUAAUCACUGUAAUUUAGAUUGCUGGAUAGGAUUCUAUUUAGAUGUCACACCAUUAUUCUAAGUGAUGUGAUUCGGUGAUAAUUAAUGGAACUCACUCAAGUUACAAUUAUAAAUUGUAGAGGUGGUUUGUCCUUCAUGUUUGGAAAGGGAUACUUCGAUGAGCCCAAUCACUCAGCGUGGUGUUAAUUUUACACUUGGAAAUGUUACAAAAUAUCUCCACAGUCUUUUUUUUGUAUUUUGCACUUCAGCACAUGCACAUCAUUGAUUUAACAGGGCUGCUUAUUCUUAAAGCACGCUACGUUGAACAAAAAUGGCAUGUUCAUGAUGUGGUAGGCUUUUGGUUUCCAUGGACAUGUUGUCAUAGUUCUCUCAGUAAAUCAGGCCAGUUGAAUGUGGCAGAAAAGCUUCAUUUAGUAAUGACUAAAGUGAAGUAACCUUUAUGCCUAGCAAGGCCUUUCUACCAGUUGUACAGAGCCGAGAUCACAGUGGGUGGCGAAAGCUGAAUAUAAGGUUGCUCAGAACUAUGUCCUUCAUUCUUGGAAGCCUUCUCUUUAAAAAUCCGCCAGUUCGUAUGUUUAAUGUCAGUUUAUUGGAGCAGUUGAUCUUUAUCCAGUAAUUUUUUUUUAGUUGCAAGUACAUUUAAAUACAGACUACUUUUGUACAUUUUACACUGUCUUUUCAUUCAUUUUGAACAGGUUUGUGGUGGCCGGUGUAAGUUUGGAAUUUUUUUGCCAAUGGAGAAGUAACAGCAUUUUUAAGAAAUAAAAAGAAAAGAUGGUCAAAUUUCUACUCUUGUAAAACACAAACUAAAAGUGAAAACUUUCCACUAUUUUGGUUUAAUGCUGUAUCAGACUGGGUUGAGAUGAACCUGUUUCAAUAAUCAUCUAAUGUGGUACCAUAAUUCCUCUUGGCUAAUGAGUUAGACUCCAUUAACAAGAUGCUCAUUACAUGUAUUUAGCAACUUUCAUUUGAAAACUUGUCUUUCUUUGUACUUUCCCUGCUGCAGGGUUAAUUGGCGAGGGAUAGGAAGGCAGAUUAAGUUGUACGUAGGCGUUACCUGUGAAUGUAAGCCAGAUAAGCCGCAGCCAAUUUGUUUUACAAUUUGGCUUACAUCAGAUCAGCUUAAAGUAAAAGGCAAUUUAUUAGGUUACAGUGCAAGUCAAAUCCUCUAGAAUGUGACAGAAGUUUCCCUCUGACCUUUUUCCUCUUCAUUUUUGAUUUGACACCGGCUAUUGUGGAAUUGUGGAUGGAUGUAUGCAUUUGCACUGGUAUAUUGGGAAGGCACAAAAAUGGGUCUGUAAAUUUGAGACUUUUGUUAACAAUUUGGAUUUGAGUUCAUUUAGAAUUUCGAUACCCCAUUCUGGAUUUUUUUCUAUAACUGAAAAUUCACGGUUAAAGUGCCACGAGUGAACCAUAUAGUCCAGGAUCAUCUGACCACGAGUGAGUUUCAUGAACAAAGUCUGCCUAGUGUCUCAGUAAGUUUUUUGCGAGGAACGUGUGAUAACUGAUUGUAAAGAGAAUGGUGAGGCUACAGGAAUCAUCUAAGAAAGCACACAAAAAAAACCAAAAGCACGAAUACAAAGGGCAGAUUUCAUUGAAAACUUUCUUUGUGUAGGGCACUGCCUCAAAACAGUUUUCACAGCAUCUGAUGGAUACAGGUAGAUGUAGUUGAUAACAUAUAAAUCCUGGGUACAGUAUUUUUGAAAGACCCAUCCAGAAUAGCAAUUUCAUAUUGCUAAAAGUUGAGGUUACUCCAGUUGACGGCAUUCUGUUGUGUCUCAGUCGUAGUUCUUUUGAGACUGAACAAGCUUGAACAGACUUGUGUUCUGGGCUUCCUUUUUAAGAACUCUUCGUGCCCUGAAAGUUUAGUUUUUCUUGUUUUAUCUUUGGUGUCUACCUCUGCAUGGUUUCCAAAGUCAUGACAAAGCAUGAGGUAGGCUAGCGCGGGGUAUGUGUUUUGAUGGAACAGUGGAUGGUUUGAAGACUGUCUUGAUCUCUUGCUGCAAAGAUCCAGUGCUUUUCCUGAAACACAGUGCAGGUCUGUAUUGUGUACGCACGUGCCUGAAGCACAAACCUGAAAAGGUAGUUCCUAAGUAAAUACUUUGUUCCAAAUGAAUAAAGGAAAAAGCUAUCAACUGGAAAAAUACUGGACCCAGGAAAUAAUAAAACUAAACUAUGUAAGAGCUUUUUUGUAGUUCACAAGAUGUGAAGUAAGCUUAUAGUGUAAGAUAUUGAGAUGUCGUACCACACUUCAGCUGUAUUUUCAUGUGGAGUAACCACUGUGGAUCUGUAUUUCUCUAUGGACAAAAUAAAGUAUGUCAAACAAGGA